CUAGCCGCCACCAACAAAAAAUUUUCCGAUUGACCUCUCCGGUGGCCGGCGCUUCUCGCCGUUGCUGUCGUGAGAGGGUCUUUAGUUUCCUUUCCGUGUUGUUAGUUUUUUUGCCUUUCGUCUAGCUCUGGUUUUCGACGGAGAAAAGCUUCACUUGGUGGAAACAAUGGAUCUUCUCGGCGAAGCGGCUGUGUGGCUUCGUCGGUGGUCAACUUCUCCUCAGAGAGUUGUUGUUGGGUGUCCGAGAUCUGUCGGGUGCUCUGUUCUUGUAAGUUUGGGCGAUGAUUCGGGCUCCUUGUUGAUCUCGAGGUCUGGUGGUUCGUGGAUCCGUGGCCGUUGUCUCGUCUGUUUCUCUAGUCCGGCGCCGGAGUCUACCUGGGGUCACGACAUGUUUUCCGAUAGAUCUGAAGAUUUCCCUCCCCGUUCUUCCGCCGGAAUCGAAACUGGAACCAAGCUCUACAUAUCCAAUUUGGAUUACGGUGUCAUGAACGAAGACAUCAAGGAACUGUUUGCUGAAGUCGGAGAACUUAAACGCUACACCGUUCAUUUCGAUAGGAGUGGAAGAUCAAAGGGAACUGCUGAAGUAGUAUACUCUCGGCGUGGCGAUGCACUCGCAGCUGUGAAGAAGUACAAUGAUGUUCAGCUGGAUGGAAAACCCAUGAAGAUAGAGAUUGUGGGCACCAAUCUUCAAACGGCUGCUGCCCCGUCUGGUAGACCUGCAAAUGGAAACUCUAAUGGUGCUCCAUGGAGAGGAGGACAAGGGAGAGGUGGUCAACAACGAGGCGGUGGUCGAGGAGGUGGUGCCCGUGGUGGUGGUGGUCGUGGCAGGCGUCCUGGUAAGGGUCCUGCAGAGAAAAUAUCUGCUGAAGAUCUUGAUGCGGAUCUUGAUAAGUACCAUUCUGGAGAUAUGGAGACAAACUAAGGAAUGUGACCGAUCUUCUCAAACCGCUAGAGGGUUUUAGGAGUAAGAGGAUCGAGAAAAAUGUUUGCCAGAGGCUUUGCCACUUAUCGCCUUUUUGGCAGUGUGUUGUUCAUUUGUUUCAUUAGAAUGACUCUACAGAAUUGAGAAUAUGUGUUACUUUAAAGUUGUUGUCUAUCUUAAUACCCUCGAGUAAAAGGCAGAGGAAGGAAUACCAGUUUCGUCUACAGAUCAUAUGCGCGCAGAAUUUUGAUUGAA